AUGUAACUGUUUGAUUUAAGUCAUGGAAUAACCUCAUUCAUCAUUUGUUCAUUCUCUAUAGCAAUAAUUACAGGCUAACAUGCACAACUGUUUAGUUCCGUGAAAAUUCGCCGGGUCAACAGAUGUCGAACCAACCCAUCGUAUGGAGCCAACUAUUAAACCAAACACGCUGUACGGCUCCGAUGACUUUGUAUGUACUGUCUAUGCGAUGACUUUACUGUACUACUAGAUGCUAACAACCUCCCUGUUUACAACAGAUAAGCCGUUUACAUAGUCAGAGUUCAGAGAAGUUUGCGUAGUCAAAGUCUCUUCUGGGCUUCUGGCGUUGGGUUGCAUUGCUAUGAAGUUUCUGCCACGCAAAAGUCUAAAUAUGCUUUGCUCAUGGCGUUCACAAUACCAAGCAACACGAUUCAUUAUUGCACACAUGUUUCCUGAUAAUGGGCCACGAAAGUAAGACUUCUACGUGUUCGUUGCGAUUUUGUGGUACAUGAGGCAUAACCCAAAGAAUUAGAGAGGUCUUCAGAAGCAGUAGGUAGCCAUGGCGUCCCUGUCCCAUGCUGGCAUCAGGCGGCGCUUCGCUCUGCUCGCUUCUGCAACUCUCGCCCUCCUGAUCCUCUGCGGCACCUGCAGCUGCUUGCAGUUCAGCUACCCCUCCUUCGGCACCGCGAAUGAGGCCGAUUUCAGCUUCAGCCCCGGCGCCGGCAUCGCAGACGGAGCCCUGCAGAUCACGCCGAGCACCGGAGACCUGAGCCACCGGUCGGGGAGAGUCUGCUACGCGCGGGAAACCCUCAAGCUGUGGAACCGCAGGCGGACGGCGCUGACGUCGUUCAGGACGGAGUUCGUGCUCAACAUCGUCCCGCGGAACGGGACCGGAGAAGGUAUGGCAUUCAUCCUCACAAACAACCCGGAGCUGCCCCGGAACAGCAGCGGGCAGUGGCUGGGGCUAGUGAACAGCCAGACGGACGGCUCGCCGGCGAACCGGAUCGUGGCCGUGGAGUUCGACACGAGGAAGAGCGGCAAGGACGACCACAACGACGACAACCAUGUCGGCCUCGACGUCAACAGCAUCGAGUCCAUCAGCCCGUAUCCUCUCAGCAAUCUCUCCAUCGUGCUGUCAAGCGGCGCUGAUGUACUGGUCACCAUAGAGUACGACGGUGCAAAGCUGAGCAUAGUCGCGGUGCAGACGUACAGCUUCAUGUAUGCCUGGGCCGGUGACCUGUCGCAGUAUCUCACGGACGACAUCACCGUCGGCUUCGCAGCUUCGACCGGCGACUUCACCGAGCUGAAUCAGAUCAAGUCUUGGAAUUUCACCACGCUAGGCGACGAUGCAGACGACAGUUGGCGACAUAGGAAGAAGGUGAGAUUGCUUCUCGCCUACCUGAUCCCGUUCGCGGUAGCCGGAACGUUCAUUGCGUUCUUCGUGUGGAGAAGGCUGACGCGGCCGAGAAGGCUAGCCUACCGCAACCUCGAGAAGAUGAUCGACGCGCAAGGCCCGGUUAGAUUCAAGUUCAGGGAGCUGAGGAAUGCCACGGCCAACUUCAGCUCCGACCGCAAGCUCGGCAGGGGCGGCUUCGGCACCGUGUACCUCGGCUACCUCAAGAGGUUGGGCGUGGAGGUGGCCGUGAAGCGGGUGAUGACGAGCGGCAACUCCGAUCGCGGGGAGCAGGAGUUCGUGGCGGAGGUGAACUCGAUCAGCAAGCUCUCGCACCGCAACCUCGUGAAGCUCUUGGGGUGGUGCCACGAGAGAGGCGAGCUGCUGCUCGUCUACGAGUACUUCCCCAUGGGCAGUCUGGACAGGCACCUGUACGCCGCCGAUGCCAGCAGCGCAAUAAGCAACGCGUCGGCGUCGGCGUCGGCGUCGGCGUCGGAGACGUCGUCGUCGUCAGCGACGGCAGAGCUGCUGACGUGGGAGCGGCGGUACAGGAUCAUCCGCGGCGUGGCGUCGGCGCUGGAGUACCUGCACCACGGGAGCAGCAAACGGAUCCUCCACCGUGACGUGAAGGCCAGCAACGUGAUGCUGGACGGCGAGUACGAGGCGCGGCUGGGCGACUUCGGCCUGGCCCGCGUCAUCCAGCGCGACGGCGCGACGCACCACUCGACGCAGACGGUGGCGGGCACCCGCGGGUACAUGGCGUACGAGAGCUUCUUCACCGGCCGCGCCAGCCUCGACACGGACGUGUUCGCCUUCGGGGUGUUCGUCCUGGAGGUGGUCAGCGGGAGGCGGCCGACCAGCCCCGUGGAGGCACGCACGUACCGCGACGGCGGCGACAACGACGAGGCGAGCUUCGGGCGAGGCCGCCGGCAGCCGCCCAUGCACAUCGUGGACUGGGCGUGGCGGCUGUACGGCGAGGGGAAGGCCCAGGACGCCGCCGACGCGGCGCUUUGCGGCGAGUUCGACCCGGCGGAGGUGGACCGCGCCGUGAGGCUGGCCCUGGCGUGCUGCCACCCGAACCCGAGGGAGAGGCCGUCCAUGCGGACGUCGGUGCAGGUGCUGGUCGGUGGUGCCGCGGCGCCGGAGCCCCCGCUCCUGAAGCCUGCGUUCGUUUGGCCGCCUUUCGGCGAGCGGCAGGAGAUCGAGCUGGCGCAUGUCGGGGUGCUCUUCACCGGAGGCGGAGGGCACUCCAGUUUCUGUUCCCUGUCCUCCACCUCCUUUACGGGAAGGUGAGGAACUAGCGAGGAUUAUUUGCACAUCUAUGUAGAUGAUACAGAGUUCACAAAAAUUGUCUGGUCUGUCAGAAUGGAUCAUGAAUUGAUUAUA